AGCACUUCCGUCAUGUGAAGGAACGCACGAACGACCAGAGUACGGAGUCCAACGCCCCAAUCAGUUCAGUUAGUCAGUUAGCAAUACUGUCAUCCGGUUCAUUCAUUAAUGCACCAUGCAAUACUAUUGUAUUGUAUAUUGAAUUGCCGAAUUUUCACAAACGGAUGUGUCCUGAACACUGAAGCAUAACCAGGGAAUGCCCAGUCACUGACUGAUGUCAUCGUCUUUGGACACAAUUCAACUAGUAUAACCAGGGAAUGCCCAGUCACUGACAGAUGUCAUCAACAAAACCAGCAGUCAGUCACAACGUGAAAGUAGAUUUGAUAAGUGUACAACUGAAUACGUAUCCUUGACGUAGCCUUGUGGGUCGAUAGCUUAUUGUCUGUGGAGCAAAAGGCAGUUUUAUUAACUUGAGUGGUACAACAACAUUUUUUGCUUGUGACUAAUCUGUGUGUAUGGAUUUCCCAACCUAGAUGAACAAGAUUUGUCUAAUUGAAAUCAAGACUGAAAGAAUUUGUUUUUCUUUGGUGAAAACAGACAAACAAUUGCACGAUGUGUUACGUUAUUAUGACCUGCCGGUCUCUACUGUGGACUUUACUUAGCCUUGCUGCCGCCUUAGCGAUGUCAGCGGCGGUCAUCACACCACAGUGGCUGAUAGGAAAACCACAGAAGAUAGGACUAAGUACUGAUGACGAUUUGAGUACGCGACAAUAUAGUGACCUCAACGAUGAUUACUACACUCCAUCGAUUGGAAUAUACAACAGGUGUACCAAGUUACAUAAAUUUGAAGAAUUUGUAGACAAUUGUGCAACGUAUGUGAAUGGUUUCUCUGAACUUCCAAGUAACUAUUGGAAAGCGAGUACUGUGUUUCUUGCAAUUGGACUUCUUCUACUUUGCAUGGUUGUCAUGACGUCUGUCUUUAGUUGCUGCAUAAGGAGUCUUUGCAAGAAGAGUAUAUUCACGAUAUCAGGACUCUUACAAGCAAUUGCAGGCCUUUUCCUGAUUCUAGGAUUAGUUCUGUAUCCUGCUGGAUGGGGUGCUCCGAGAAUUAAAGAGCUGUGUGGGGAGGAUGCCGGUGCUUUCCAGAUCGGUGACUGUCAUCCGGGAUGGGCUUUUUAUACAGCAAUUGGUGCAACAUGUCUUGCCUUUGUUUGCGCUGUUCUAUCAAUCCAAGCAGAUGCCUCAACCUCCAGUGAUAAAGUACAGUCUGAGAUACUGGAAGGAAAGAACCUGAUUUGUCUUCCGUGAAACACUGUACGUUUAUGUGCGUUAACUGCAGUUAUAUGCACGUGUUCACCUUGUGUGCAUGCGCUCAUCAGCUGAGACCAUAUGUACCAUAUGUACUAUAUUUUAAAGUGUCAGUCUUCGCACCACAUUAUCUUUGAAUCCCAUGUUUUGUAUAUACAGGACGUGUAAAAUACAUUUUACGCAUGGAAUUCUUACCCGUUUUGUGCAGUUAUACAGAUGUGAACAAAUACCUCUGCAGACUGAAAAGAACAUAUUUUCCUCUACACCAUAGCUGAUAUCACCUCCUCGUAUGAAAUCACCCUAAACUUAACCAUAAUAUGAUUGGACAAUCAUAUCUCAGGAAAAUAACGUGGUAAUCAAAUAACGCUUAAUCUGCAUGGCACGGGAGAAAAAUAAACAGUUGAUAAAGAAGAAAUAUAUCUCACCUGUUAGUACUGUUGUUUGAUUCCAGUAUUUGCGACAUUGUUUGGCUGUGACUUCAUCUGCCUAUCAGAGAGAUGUACAUGAAUCUUGAUCUACAAAUGCUGCAUUUGUUAAAGUUAAAUGAUGUGAUAUCCGAUGUGUGGGAAACGUUAAAUAGAACAC